AUGGAGGACAGGGAGCUGACUGGAGACAGCCAGCCUGGCUUCAGCAAGGGCAAGUCCUGCCUGGCCAACCUGGGGGCUUUCUGGGAGGGAUGGGAUGCCAUCCAGCUGGACCCGGACAAGCUCCAGAAGUGGGCUCAUUUUGACAUCACAGUGUUCAAGACAGCCAAGUGCACCUGGCUGCUCGUGAGGAAAGGGCUGCAGAUGUCCAACAGCAGCUCCAUCAGCCAGUUCCUCCUCCUGGCAUUUGCAGACAGGCGGGAGCUGCAGCUCCUGCACUUCUGGCUCUUCCUGGGCAUCUACCUGGCUGCCCUCCUGGGCAACGGCCUCAUCAUCACCACCAUCGCCUGGGACCACCACCUCCACACCCCCAUGUACUUCUUCCUGCUCAACCUCUCCCUCCUCGACCUGGGCUGCAUCUCCACCACCCUCCCCAAAGCCAUGGCCAAUUCCCUCUGGGACACCAGGGCCAUCUCCUACUCAGCAUGUGCUGCACAGCUCUUGUUCUUUGUCUUCUUCCUUGGAGCAGAGUGGUCCCUUCUCACCAUCAUGUGCUAUGACCGCUACGUGGCCAUCUGCAGACCCCUGCACUACGGGACCCUCCUGGGCAGCAGAGCUUGUGCCCACAUGGCAGCAGCUGCCUGGGCCUCUGGGUUUCUCAAUGCUCUGCUGCACACAGCCAGUACAUUUUCACUGCCCCUCUGCCAGGGCAAUGCCCUGGGACAGUUCUUCUGUGAAAUCCCCCAGAUCCUCAAGCUCUCCUGCUCACACUCCUACCUCAGGGAACUUGGGCUUCUUGUGGUUAGUGCCUUUCUAGCUUUUGGCUGUUUUGUCUUCAUGGUGGUGUCCUAUGUGCAGAUCUUCAGGGCUGUGCUGAGGAUCCCCUCUCAGCAGGGAAGGCACAAAGCCUUUUCCACCUGCCUCCCUCACCUGGCCGUGGUCUCCCUGUUCAUCAGCACUGGCAUCUUUGCCUACCUGAAGCCCCCCUCCAUCUCCUCCCCAUCCCUGGACCUGGUGGUGGCAGUUCUGUACUCAGUGGUGCCUCCAGCAGUGAACCCCCUCAUCUACAGCAUGAGGAACCAGCAGCUCCAGGAUGCUGUGCAGAAACUGGUGACUGGAGGAUUUUCAUAA